CCUAUCUUCUCUCUCUUCACAUCCAUAAAACAAUACAGAAAUCACGAUGAACAAAAGCUUGCACUACGGUAUCGCUCUUUGGCAAGUGCAUGAUACCGAGAAUGACUGCAAUUUGAUCAUCCGAUCUAAUUCUAGCCAUGUAUUCUAUUGCCACAUUUGCCCAACUCAAUUUGUUCGAUCUCCCUCUGUCGCAGAACAGUACUUCAAAUGCCUCCAACUCUUGAGAUCCGAUAAAGUCGAAAUCGACAACUUCUAGAAGGAAGACGCCUUUGAGUGGCUCAUGAAAUGCUUUCAGCCUUUGAUAACCAAUUUAACACCGCCCUCGGGAACUUCUGUUGUUACGGAGCCGACUUUAACGGACUACUUCUUCCCGAAAGAAAGCUUUGUCUGUAGCCUUACAGCCGUGAAUGAAAAGUUGGAGCCUCAAAAGCUUGACACAAACAACCACGGUUGGAAUAGCCCUAUUGCCAGGUUCGAGUCCGACUUGCUUGACGACCUCAACAACUGGACUCACUGCUAUGUCCCAUCUGAUAUUCAUGUCUGCUACGAUUGAUCGGAGGACAGUUUGAUUAUGCUGCUAAUGCGUAUUACUGCAAUUGAUCUUAACGGAGAGCUUGUCACAUGGUUCUUUAAAAAGUUUGGACUCUCGUUUGGUUCCUCGCAUGCGAGAAAAGGACUCGUAAGGUUGAAAAAGAUUAAGGGGUUUCCUCGGGGUCAGCUGCUGACUUCUACCGUGCCACUCUUGACGACCUUCGGGCUGAUUUGAACAAGAGCUUUGAUAGUGUAAUGGCAGAGUGAACUAUAUGCGAGGAUAAGAACACAUGGUAGGGAUUAGUCAUGUGUGGGAUAGACGAGAAUGAGUAUCGAUCAUAAAAUUAUGGAGAGUUUGCGAUCAGGACGCCACUCAUUUCACCUCAGGUUAGUCUUCUCUCAGUAUACGAAUAUGAGAC